CCUGCACCUAUUAUCGAAUCCCUACUCGGAUAAUGCCUUACGCAGCAUGCGCUCAGCCCUGGCGCCCACCGCGUGAUCGGCCAAUGGGCCAACGCGAUCCCAAAACUUGGCUACUCGGGCGUGGGUCAACUCGAAGGGUUUUGACCACCGCUCCACUGGCCCCGAUAAACGAAAGAGCGGCCGGACUAUCAGCUGGCCAGCAAAUGACUAGAGCAAACUAAGCGAUGGGCAGACCCUGAGGGCCCAGGGCUUCAAAAGCAGCAAGUCUCAUCAACAUGGCUCCAAGCUAACUCUUGCUAGUCCGCUGCUGGCUUAUCUGCUGUCGCAAUCCGGUCCUGCCUUUUGUUUUCCUUUUCCCUCUUUUCCUUUCCUUCCCUCUCUCCCCUCCAUCCUCUCUCCUCCGUUCCCUCCUGAUCGCGUCUGCCAACCAGUAUGUGACCGAUGGCUUUCAAUCACUUCAACAGAAAGCAGAGGCUGCUUCUGUCCUCUUACGCCAUCCUCUUUUUCUUCCUUAUCAUCAUCUGCCACUUCCGGUCCGCCCGUGACCCAGGCUCAUUCUUCUUCCAGCCCACCGAAGGCUAUCGCCCGGGAUACAGUCUGCAACGGAUCCACGAAUCGCUGGAGUGGCUGUCUGCCUUCAAUCGUUCCGACAAUAUCCCGCCCCGUCCCGUCUCCCAAGUCAGCCCGCCACGGGAGAAGACCGCCUGUGUCGGCAUCGUUACCGUGAAGCGUCCCCUGCAGCAGGACCUCGACACAACCGUUGCUUCGAUUCUCGAUACCCUCUCACCCGAGCAGCGAGCGGCGCUUACCGUCCAAGUGCUCUUCGCCCUGAGCAAACCCUCCGAUCACCCAGAUUACAAUCAGACAUGGUUAUCGAAUGUCGUUGACCACGUACUCACCUACGACGAUGUCGACGCACCCGGGUAUAUCAUUAUGAACUUGGAGAAGAAGAAUAAUAUAAAGAAGAAGUCUCUGAUCGACUACCGGCUCGGGCUACAGGCAUGCUACGACAUGACCGACGCGCCGUGGAUCAUCAUGCUGGAGGACGACGUGGUGGCCCAGCGCAAUUGGUACGAGCACACCAUGCGCAGCGUCCAGCAGGUAGAGGACUGGCGCCGGCACGAUACAAUCAAGGACUGGCUAUACCUGCGGCUCUUCUACACGGAGAAGUUCCUCGGCUGGAACUCGGAGAAUUGGCCCAUCUACCUGUCCUGGAGUGUGCUGCUCGUCUCCCUCUGCGCCAGUGCAGGCAUGUACACUCGGCGGAAGAUCCGCGCUACCCAGGGCAUCCUCACCAACUCGUUCCUGCUGGUAGUCUGCUUCUUCUGCGUGCCGCUACUGAUCACCCUCUUCUUUCUGGCUGGUCGGGUUACCUGGUACCCGAUGCAGGAUGGGGUGCACGUGAUGAACGCGCACGGCUGCUGCUCGCAGGCCCUUCUCUUCAAUCGCGAGAACGUUCCAGCCCUCCUGGAGUACUUUGAGCACAUGGAGGACGUGAUCCCCACCAAGGCGGUGGACAGCGUGAUCGAGAUGCAGGCGGGGCGGGCCGAGCUGGACCGACUGGCCAUCUCCCCGUCACAGAUGCAGCAUGUUGGAGCAGUUUCGUACAAGGAGAAGAAGAAGUCGUGGAAGUGGGAGGGGCCGUAUCGCGUCAAGGGAGCGCACGGGGUCUGGAGUAUGGGGUUUGAGCAGGCGUACGAGAAGGACAUGGAUCGAUUAUUCCAGAUGGACGGUUCGGCAUGAUUAUAUACGCUGUAUGCAGCAACGCAUGGUAUGGAUGGGAUGCACUGGUUUAUGAACACGCAUGACUGGAUAAAUGUUUAUGGUGUGUAUAUAUACAUAAUGGUUUCUUUGGUUUGUGAAUAAUAGAACUACUAUACUUGCAGAAUUGACUGUACAUGGUUCUUGCUAUCACUCAUCCUCUUCUUACAGUUCUGAACAACAGCCCUCAGGGAUAGUAGAUAUUCACACAGGGAAAGCAUACUUUCUAACCAGUAUAUAAGUAAUGCUGUUCCCCCCUCCCAUUGCUUAAUACACAUUGCUUCACUAAACUAUCUCAUAGCUACAAUCCUAAUCUGUCAAA